AAACUGUGGCGAGUGUUGAGAGAGAGACUGAGAAAGAAGAAGAAGAAUAAAAAGAAGCAUCAUGGAAUCUCACGCUUUACAGAAAUACGGCGUGCCGUUUUACGGAGCCGCCUGGGUUCCGUACUAUCAGAUUAGAUCUAAGAUUGAAUCGAAAGAACAAAAACAAGAACAAGAUCGAUCCGAAGACGAAGCUCCGACCGCCGACAAAUCUGACGCAAUUUCCUCCAAUCACGACUACGUCGUUUUGGUCGGCGGUGGCGGUGAAGGCAACAGUGGAAUCCCUAACGCUGUCGUCUUAUCUCGCUUCGAUUUCGCCUCCAAUUCCCUUUCCGAUCAACCUGUGGCUAUGCUUAAAACUGAUUCAGAUUUGCCGUAUCGAAUGGCAGUUCAUCCACGUGGAGAUGGCAUUAUUUGUGCAAUGCAAAAUAGUUGCAGAUUGUUUGAGUGGGAUGAAGAGGAGAGUGAUGAAGUCCAUAAACUGGGUGUAAAAGGUUCAGAGAAAGUGCUCAGCGAGUUAGAAGAUGUUGGAGUGCAGUUGGCACUAGCCUUUGACUCCGAGGGUUCUACUCUUGCUGCCGGUGGUGAGGAUGGAAAAUUACGGGUUUUAAAGUGGCCUAGCCUGGAAAUUGUUCUUAAUGAAUCUGAAGCUCAUACUUCUGUCAAGGAUUUAACUUUCAGCCCUGAUGGAAAAUUUCUUGUCUCCUUGGGAAAGCGUGGCCCUGGUAGGGUUUGGGAUGUAACUUCCGCGUCUGUUGUAGCUUCUCUACCAACGGAAAAUGAUGAGGUUUUUUUCUCCUGUAGAUUCUCUCCAUCUAGUGAUCAGAAUUAUGUUCUUUUCACUGCUGCAAUAACAGACAAGGGUAUAAAUAUUGUGACAUGGAAUACAACCUCAUGGAAGAGGAUACGCGCAAAGCAAGUUGUCCGUCAGUCUGUCACUUCCUUCAAUGUUUCAGCCGAUGGCAAGCUCCUUGCAAUAGGGACAGAUGAAGGAGACAUUGCAAUAAUAAAUUCAAGCAAUAUGCAGGUUCACACAAUGGUUCGAAAAGCACACCUUGGCUUUGUGACAGCUUUGGUAUUCUCUGAUGAUUCAAGGGCUUUACUUUCUGCAUCUAUGGACUCAAGUGCAAGGGUGACAUUAAUCGAGGACAAGAAGAAAAGUGGACUGAAUCUGUGGAUUAUUAUAUUCUUCAUAUUGCUAGCAAUCGUUGCGUACUACUUCAUGAAGGAACAAGGAAUCAUUCCUUCCUUAAAUUGACAGCGCUCUCUCCUCUGUUCAAACGUGAAAACUUGGAAAUUACACCUCGGAGCCAAACCGGAGUCUAAAUAUUGAAAUAUGUUUUGUUGAAUCCUUAUUUGUGGGGUGACCCGACCCGCAUGUUCAAGACCCAUCUGUAACGACCUUAGCUGUUGAGGUUUAUACAUAUUUUGUACAGACUCCAUAGUUGCAUGUAAUUUUUAAGUCUGUCUUCUAUAAUAAAGUUCUAUCAGACAAACAGACCAUAAGUUUUGUACAAUACUGUGAAUCAGAGCAACGAGAAUAACGAGAUGAAAGGAUUAGUUA